AUGGUGGACAUGGCCGAGCUAAAGAAGCUCGUGAUCAUGGGGUUAAAUUGCGCCAUGCUGGCAGGGAGCUGUCUCAUGAAGCUUCCUCAGAUCAACAACAUCUUGAAGGCAGGCAGCGUGGUGGGUCUGUCAGAGGCCUUUGUGAUAAACGACUGCAUCGCUGGCUUGCUGUUUGUGUACUACAAUGUGCUGUCUGGUCACCCAUUCAUGAGUUGGGGGGAGAACGUGAUAGUUGGCAUCCAAAAUGCCAUUAUCAUCUUUAUGUACUGGCACUAUUCGCCGGAACUCCCCAAAGCGCCACGAUUCCUUGGUGCCGCGACCUUCGUGGCCUGCAGUGCUUUAGUGCUUCUGUUUGGCCUGCCCGAGGCAGCCGUUUCAGCGCUGGGCAUGGCACCGAUCAUCCUUGGCAAUGGCUCAAAAGUUCCACAAAUCUGGAAGAACAUGGUCCAGAAGCACACAGGGACCAUGGCUGUGGUGCCUGCUCUUAUGGGGCUGGCGGGGUGCUCCGUCCGGGUCCUGACAUAUGCGCUGCAGACGAAGGACGUGGUAGCAAUCCUGAACCCGUUGGCGGCGGCGACGCUGUGGUUCGUCCUCCUGUUGCAGUUUGUUCUCUACUGGAAGACAACGAAAGAGGUGCAGAACGAGGCACAAGCGAAGCACAGAGAGGCAGGACAGAAGAAAACCUCGUGA